GGCUGAGAAAAUUUAUGUCUUGGUUCGCUCUGUUUAGUAAGCUAACGGUAGCGUUGUGAUUGGGUGGGCGACGGAGCAUCAUCAAUCAAGUCUUUCACUUAUGAUGCUUCCAUCUUCGCUUCUCAAUCGCAUUUACCGCCCUGGAGAAGGCAUCUCUAUCUGUGUCGAGGCCGUCAAAUACCCAGAGCAACCUCCGACAAUCGGGCGUUCGCGGCGACGACCGGUCUCCUCAACAUGUCGAUCGUGCUCACUCUUUUCCAUGCGGUCCAGGCAUGCGGUGGCGUCUAUACAGGCUUGUUUUCCGCCAUGGCCGUCUACAACCUGAAGCAAAACGAGGAGCAGGCCGAGAAUGCAGCAAAGUACUCAAAUACAGCCGAACAUCAGCUACACAAGACUAGAACAACUCAGACCAGUGGAGCAAUAGCGAGCAUUUCUUCCAUUGUCACAUCUGUCGUCCUUGCAGUCAAUCCCUUCGGACAAUCCAGAACAUGGCCCUUACUGCUGAGUGCGGCCAACGCUGGUGGUAUUUACCUAGGCUAUCGACACGUCUCGAGUUUCUGGCGUCACAAGGCUAAAGUCCCCUUCUUCACGGACUACAACGAUGGAAUUACAGCUUCGAAUUCGAUGUUGCAGUUGUUGCUGGCCUGGCUAAUUGAGACUUUGAACCCCAACUCAAAAACGCGGAACACAAUUACGUCGAGGUUUAGCAUCAGGUUAGGUAUGGGUGCUUUUGCCGGUGAACUGGUGCCCCACGAACAACAGCCUUCUCCAGCGAAGGGGCCUUUUCCGAUGCGGGGUCUUCUUCUACCACCAAAACUGCCUUCAUUCCCGGCAUCUGCCAUUUCCCUUUCUUGUCUCAUACCUGUUGUCAAGCUCGGCUUCUUUCAUUCUUCGAAACGACAGAUACACAAUAUUCGAUUGCGCAAUAUGGAUCCGUUCGAGUACAAUGCCAACCCAGGCCGAGUCGUCUUUGGCCCGGGCAGCAUCCAGAAGCUCCCUGACGAAAUCAAGCGACUUGGACUGAAAUCACCUCUUCUCUUGUCUACACCACAGCAAGUCAGCCAAGCAGAAGAUCUUGCAAAGAUCCUGACUUCGGCCUCCAUCGAGCCUGCGGGCACGUAUAACAAUGCUACCAUGCACACUCCCUCCCACAUCACCGAAGAAGCCAUGUCCUUCCUGCAUUCCAAGUCCGCAGACUGCGUCGUGUCAAUAGGAGGAGGUUCCACAAUCGGUCUGGGUAAAGCCAUCUCAAUCCGAACAGGCCUAUACCACAUCUGCAUCCCGACAACAUACGCUGGCAGCGAAAUGACCCCUAUCCUUGGAGAAACACAAGACGGACGCAAAGCCACUCGGUCAGAUCCCAAGAUCCUUCCUGGCACAGUAAUUUACGAUGUGGACUUCACGAUGACGCUUCCGGUCGCCCUCAGCGCCACCUCCGGCGUCAACGCCAUCGCUCAUGCAGUCGAGGCUCUAUAUGCGAAGAACAAGAAUCCUAUCAUAUCACUGCUAGCUAUUGAAGGCACAAAGGCUCUCGCAGAAUCUCUACCGGAGAUCAUCGAAAAUGCACAAUCACAACCGGCACGUGAGAAGGCCCAGUACGGUGCAUGGCUAUGCGGAGUGUGUCUGGGCUCGUCAGCCAUGGCACUGCACCAUAAACUCUGCCACACGCUCGGUGGAUCUUUCAACCUCCCACACGCCGAGACACACACGAUCGUGUUACCCCAUGCCCUGUCAUACAAUGCACCAGCCAUUCCAGAAGCCAUGGAGAAGUUGGCUACCGCACUACCUGGUAGCGAAGGUGACGCGACCAAGGGGUUGAAUGUCCUGCUUGAGAAGCUCAAGGUGAAGCGCGCGUUGAAGGACUAUGGUAUGAAGGAAGAGGACAUCGACAAGGCUGCUGAGAUUGCGGUCAGCAACCAGUACCCGAAUCCUAGAAAGAUCGAGAAGGAGCCGAUUCGGGAGCUUAUUAGACGGGCUUGGGCUGGCGAGCCUGCAAGGGCGGACUUAUAG